AUGUCCACCGAAAGGAGCGUGCAAGGAGUAUCUUCCCUGCUUUCCAAAAAGACGGGAACCAAACAGGCACAACGAAAAUGCCAAGAACCAACUAACAACAACGAGGCAACAAUGUUUGUCACCAUUUUGGAAGCCUUGGCAUUUCAUGCAGCCAAGACCCCUGAGAGGAUUGUUUUCACGUGGGUGGAUAUCAACUGCAAAGAGCAGAGAAAGAUGACAUGUCAGCAGCUAGAAGAUGAGGCCAAUGCUGUGGCUGCUCGGCUCCUGAAGUUGGGGUGCCAAAAAGGAGAUCGUGUCAUGGUUGCUUAUCCAUUUGGACUAGAGUUCUUGGCUGGAAUGUUUGGGGCCAUGAAGAUUGGAGUCAUCCCCUGCUCCAUCUACCCACCCAAUCCUAAUCAGCUCAAAACUGACAUGCCCAAAUUCCGUGGAUUUGUGGAGGAUGCUGGAGCCAAGUUCGCUCUGACUACUAACGCCUUUGCCACAGCCAUGACUGCUGCUGGAGUCUUUUACAAGACUGGAGUCAAGUGGAUUGGCACAGACAAGUUGCCAAUUAAGAAACAAAAGCAUGGUAAGCCAAAAGGCUAUGAAACAUUUGUGGGCCACCCAGAUGAUAUCUGCUUUAUCCAGUACACAUCUGGGAGCACUGGCCGGCCCAAAGGAGUCAUGAUCAGCCACCGGAAUCUUGUAGAGAACUGCAGGGCCAUUGGUAACAUGUCAUAUGUAAACUCUUCCAAUGCGAGCUCCACGGUGGCAGCAUUAUGGGUACCCCAAUACCAUGACAUGGGACUUGUAGCUGGCUUUAUGACUUCCUUGUAUCAGGGUGUCCAUCUUGUUAUGGCAUCUCCUCUAGACUUUGUUGUCAGGCCUCUGCUUUGGUGUGACAUGGUAGAGACCUACCAGGCCAACCUGACCUGUGGCCCCAACUUUGCCUAUGCCUUGCUCCUCAAGCGUUUGAGACAGGCAAAUAGAAGCGCUGAUUGGAGUUGUGUGAGGCGUGCCAUGUUUGGUGGCGAGCCUGCUCAGAGCCAUGUGGUAAAAGAACUCGCAAACACAGUGAAGAUGAGGCCUGAACAUGUCUACAACAUCUACGGCCUUGCCGAAUCUGUAGUAUACCUAACAGGUGGACCUGGCUACCCUGAUGCUGAGGACCUCGUCGCUUGUGGUGAGGUGGACUCUCAAACCCUCAAGCUCCGGAUUGUUGAGGAUGGAAAGGAGGUGGAAGAUGGUAUGGUUGGGAGUAUCUGGGCCCAGUCGCCUCGAGUUACUGCUGGCUACUAUGGCCAGAAAGAGCUAACAGCCUCCACAUUUGGCAAUGUACUUUCCAAUUAUGAGGGUACCUGGCUUGACACUGGUGAUUUGGGCAAGAUUGUGGAUGGACAACUUUAUGUCACUGGAAGACUCAAAGAUGUGAUCAUUAUCAAUGGCAAGAACUACUACCCAACUGAUGUUGAGCUUGCCAUUGAUGAAUCUUUUGGUGACGUUAUCCGACCUGGGAGGACCACGGCCUUCCAACAUGGAGAUGACGGUGUUGGAAUCACAGCUGAGGCUCGUAAGGACUUUGACAAGGCAGCAAAUGAUGACUUAACUGUCAAGAUAUCCAAUCAUGUUGCUCAAAUACAUGGACUGACUGUACGUGAGGUGCUCAUUCUCAAAGUUGGUGUGACCCCCAAGACCACAUCUGGAAAGCUCAAGAGAUCCUUGGUCCGGCAAACUACUCUUUCUGGUGACUGGAAGGCCAAUUGUGUGCUUCUUCAAUACAACCUUUCUACAGCUUCACCACAUGCUCCAGGUGGAGAGAGCUUCGCUGUUGCAACUGAAAGCCUGGCGUUCAUGAAUCCAGACACUCAGGAUAACACUGUCAACCAACCCACAGAGGAAACAGGUGAAAUUGCCAGACUUGGCGAUGACUUUUCCAAAAGAUGGAGCACAGUAUUAUCAUCUGUCCUUGGGCCAGAUGUUGAUGCAUCCAAGACUUGGAUGGAGAAUGGGAUAACCUCUCUCAAGAGUGCAGAACUCAGAAACAAAGUAGAGGAAGAGUUGCAUGUGUCACUCCCUUCCAAUUUCGAGCAGCUGUACCCUACUCCAUCAGAACUUGCCAACUAUCUGAUGGCAUCAGAGGCACAAGGCUUCCCCAAGCAUGCUGUUGGUAGCAAAGAGUACGAAUGGAAUACAUCAAGAUCCAAAAUCUCCAAACCUGUACUUGGUGUCCUGCAGGCACUGGGGUCAGUCACAAUUAUUCUGUUGCUGUUGGUUUCAGCUGCUCCAUCCUACUUCUUGACUUCCUGGGCUAUGGAGCAGUGUGACUCAACUGGAGAGGGAGAAUGUCAUGGCCCAAUCUUCUGGCUUGUGCUGCCUCUGGUCUUCCCUCUUUUCCUCCUAUCGUUCUCUCUUGUUGUGGUGUUCUCUAAGUUGGCCGUCAUUGGCAAGUAUCGACCCCAGCAGUUUGACCUCUUGUCAAAGGACUACUUGCGAUGGUGGUUUGUAGACAGGCUUUUGGAAAUCUGGGAGUCAUUUGUCGGGCCAUUCAUUGUGGAAACAAAGUACAUUUGGAUCUUUACUGGCUCCUUGGGGCAGACCUGCCAUGGACUGCCAAGAUUGAGUCCUUCAUCCGUGAAUGUGAUUUGGCCAAUUAUUGUUGGCAAGAACAGCCAUGUAUCUGGCAUGGUCAGCCCAGGUUCUGUUGUUGGUGAUGGGAGCAAGGUAGAAAAACUGUCUGCUGUGGAAGAGGGUGCAGAACUACCACCUGGAAUCCUUGCCAAAGGCAUCCCAGCACACAACUCUGGGACCUACAAGCAUGCGAAACCAUCCUGGCAGGAGGAUGUGUUUUUGGAUGCAUUCAAGAUAGCCUGGACCAUCAUUGAAGUGUACCAUUUCUUUGCGCUUUCUUACCUGGUUCAUUCCUUCCUCAAUGUCAUUUUGCCUUCUUGGCGUUAUGCAACCAUUCUGCAUUGGCUUGUGCUCUUCCCAGCCACAUCCUUCCUUGCUCUCGUCCCUAGCAUUGCUUUCAAAUGGUUGCUCAUUGGGAAACGAGAUCCAUCGGAUGAGUAUGAGGGUUCACUAUGGCGCAAAGCAACCAACUGGGCGUGUGACUUCCAUUUCCGUAUUGCUUCUUGGUCUCAGACUCCAUUCUUUGGCCAGACAAAGCUCUGGCAUAUCAUCCUGUUCCUCCAUGGCCUAGAUGUUGACAUGGCAUCUUGCAUCAGCAACCCAUACCGAAUCUUCUUUCCCUCCAAGGUUGAUUUUGUCAAGAUUCGCAAGUCCUUUGUGGCCACUAGCACUGUUGACCUGGACCAGAAGGCCGACUCCAAGAUGGAGAUCAUCAACAGCAGUGUUGGCUACAAUUCCAACCUCCAUACAGGAGUCAAGAUCAUCAGAUCCAAAAUUCCUCCCAGGUCUGAUGUAAGGGACAACAUCACUGAGUUGAACCAAGCAGGAAAAUCAUGGCAACCCAGUCUGAUCAUGGACAUGAUCCUUCCAGAAUUCCUGCAGCUGCUACUGAAUGUUGUCAUUUUUGCCAGCCUUAUCCCUGCCUAUGAGGUUGGUGUUGCCGUAUUGGCUAGCCCCUCCUCUACCAUCAGGGCUGUUGGAUUGGCUGCGGCCUUUGUCCUCCAGCUGUUUGUUUGGAUUCUUUUGACCAAGGCUGUUGAAGUGGUGAUGCUGAAUCUACCAAGACCUUUGCAGCAAAGCUUUUGUGGAGUAUACAUCAACCAUAUUUGGCAGUUUGGAGUAGGAAACUGGCUGGUCUUUCUUCUCUACGGCACACCCAUGUUCGCCUACUAUGCUCGCAUGAUGGGUGCUACGGUGCAAGGAGAGCUCUGGUUCUUUGGCAACUCCCUCUAUGAGUACAGCAAGCUUCACUUUGAGGGCAACACCAUUGUGGAUGAUUCGCACGUGAGUGGACACUUUAUUGAUGCCAACGGGCUCACCCUUGAAGACACCCAAGUGACUGGGGUGUUGCAUCCAGGUUGCUAUGCCUCUGCUGGAUCUGUGGUUCCUGCUUCAGAGCAUGGUCCCUGGAAGCUCUUCUUUAGAAGUGCUGUUGAAGUGCCAUGUUAUGAUGAAGAAGAUAAAAGCAGCAAGGAUGAAGAAGAGACAGGCAGCUGCAAGCAAGACUCUUCGGCCUCAUUUGAGCAUCUCGAUUUUACUGUCUAG